AUGAAUUCCAAAGCCUCUUGCGUCCUCUCCUUUGCUCUCUUCCUCCUCUUCUCCUCUUCCACCUCCGCCUUCAACAUCACCAGGCUCCUCGGCCGGCACCCGCAGUUGAGCACCUUCAAUGACUAUCUCACACAGACUCAAAUAUCCCAACAAAUCAACAGCCGCAAUACCAUCACCGUCCUCGUCGUUAACAACAAAGCCAUGGCUGGUAUCUCUGGAAAACCCUUGGACGUGAUCAAGAUGAUCUUGAGCCUCCACGUGGUGCUCGAUUACUAUGACGUCCAGAAGCUCACUACGCUGCCCAAUAGGACCACCAUCCUCACCACCUUGUUCCAGUCCAGCGGUGUUGCCGAAAACCAACAAGGGUUCUUGAAUGCUUCACUUAUCAAUGAGGGUGAGAUCGCUUUCGGGUCUGCCGAGAAGGGUUCCAAUCUUACCGCCAAGCUUGUCACGUCGGUGGCUGCUCAACCGUAUAACAUCUCUGUGCUUCAGAUUACAUCUCUUAUUCUGCCUCCUGGUAUUGUUCUAGCUGCACCCUCGCCCAGCAACUUACCACCUAAGGCUGAUACGCCGGCCGCCACGCCAAAGAAGUCACCAGCAACACCUCCACCUGAUCAGGCUCCAUCAAGUGAACCAGCGGUCGAGGCUCCUGCACCCUCUCAAGAAGUGGUUAGUAGCCCUGCAGUUUCACCAUCAUCUGCACCCGUAGCUGAUGCACCGGUGGGUGAUGAUGCACCAGUUGGCUCCCCGUUGGCUGAUGAUGAUAUCACUAAUUCUCCCGCUCCUGCUCCUGUUGCCCCUAAAUCGGGCUCUUCACGCACCAGCGUGGCUUCCGGCGUUGUCGGUGUUGGGGUGGUGAUGGGUUUGGUGUCCUCAUUGCUGGCUUUCUAA